AUGGCUACAACUAUAUUCGCCAUUUGUGGACACGACGAUGAUGCGAUCAAAGCAGCUAAAAAUCAUAUCGAAGAAUCACAGCAUCUCGACCGAAAUCUUUGGGAAGGCAGUUUCCUGGCUUACCAAACUGUUGCUGAACAGCUGUGCUUGGAUGGGUCCUACUCUGAAGCUCAAAAGAUCCUGGAAAAGGCCACAGAAGGAGUGCUUCCAUUCGAUGCAGGGCCAAGGAAAUCAAAGUCAGAUCUAUCACUUGCAGCUAUAGCUCUAUUAGAUCUGGGUGACCUUAAUUGGAAAGGAGAUGGCCAUGGGCAUCAUCAACGUGAUCGCGCGAGGAAAAAGUACAACGAAAGCCUCAGCUUUGAUACUACUCGUUAUGAGCGGUACAUCGAUGUCUUACAAUGUUAUCGGAAAACGGGAAUUCAUUCCUGCAUUAUUGAUUUUUUUGGGGGCGCUUACCAAGAGGAGGGAAAUUCUUUGCUCUCAGACACAAAACUACGCAACUGGGCCGAGGUAGUUGACAGAACCUUUGCAAAGGCAAUCGAGACCGCAGAAGGAUCCCAAAUGGAACAAUUCCACAUCAUGAAGACAUAUGGUGACAUCCUGUAUCGGUGUGGGGAUAAGAGAAGAGAAGACGAUAUCGUUAGGCAAUGGGUGAUAGCUUUGAAGCAUGGACAGCCGCUGGCUUCGUCUACUGCUGCCAUUGGGUGGCCCGAUAUGUUCUCCAUUAUCGAUCCCCUCGCUUACAUCUACCUGAAACGAGCGGAGAAGGCACUUAGAGAAACUAAGAGGGCGGGUAAGGCAGGUAGCAUGGCAACGACGAAGGUGAGAACGAAAUUUGACACUGCAACACAGCAUUUGGAUCUUAUCAAGGGGUUGAAGCAAAAGACUGAUAUCUGGAUGAACACCGAUGUGACGUGUUGCUCGGUGCGUUAUUACAAGAUCGCACAGAAGCCCCAAGAGGCUAGUUCCACGGUAUCGAAGGUAGUGGCUGUUUUGAUAGGCAUAUUGUCGGAUAACGAUGAGUCAAAUGACUGGUUUGCAUACCUGCAGCUGGGGAGGAUAAUGGAAGCAUUGCAGGACAAAAAGAAUUCCAAUGAAGCGUGGAAAAGGGUCGAGAAGAUGACGCCGUUCACGGCCAACGUAUCCCCUUGGUUUCUUUGCGAUGAAUGCAAGCAGAGCAUUCAUCUUCCUGAGGGGCUAUACGUAUGCAUGGAAUCCUUCCAGCUGAGGUUCUUCCACAGCGGGUGUUACGGUGACUUGGAAAAAGACAAAUCCCAGACAAGAAGUAUAGGAUUACACAAGGUCGCAGUCAUCUUACCUAACGCAAAUGGUACGGGCUGUACCAUCAACGCGAAGCAAAAGGAAGAAAACAAGAUGUCUUUGAGUCUUUGGAAGGCCAAAAUCCAAGCGAAACACAUACUUCCAGAGGAUCACGUUGACAUGUCGAGUACAUGUUCGACGCCUGUUGUUCCUGCAUGGCCAGAGAUCCCCACACCUAUAUCCCCAGUGGAUAAAUGUACCCGCCCAUCAUUUCAAAGGCGACUCAAAUCAGAUACGGAGUAG